UUAACACAAACCUGAAUACCUCCUGCAAUUGACCCAGAAAACAGGCAUUACGAUAGCAUAUUCUACACCUAUGUCCUACACAUUGUCAUAAAUCUGCUCCUCCAAUCCGGUUCCAUUGCGCGAGACAGUCGUGGGUUCUUGAGAGCUGUGAUGUUCGCCGGGGUUCCGGCCACGCUCACAUGGCCUCCACACACAAUCGGCACGCCGGUACUAUGCAGGUUGAAACCUCCAAUCACAUAUUCGGUCAAGCAUGCAUCCACUGCAACCUAAAAAAGAUUAAAUGCAGAUUAUUGACGGAACAGGGGCCCUGCCAAUCGUGCUCCUCCUUACGCAUUGAGUGCAUCCCUCGAACCCGCAAGAGACGCCGAGCUGCUCCAGCGAGGACUUCAAGUGCAACUUUGCAUCAUGUUGAGAGGCCGCCUAGCGGUAUCCAGAACACCCUAAGUAACCAUGGCUAUGGUGAUCCCACAAGUGCGCAAAUGCCACUUCCAUUUUGGCCACGCCCGCAUUCUCUGGUUAUACCUGACAUAGUAGUACCAGAGGUCCUUCCUGGCCGUGGGCAGGUAGACGGUUUGCAAGACGCAGAUCAUGCUGUUCAUCACAUUCCUGAUGAGAGAAGCCAUUCAUUACCAUUACAAUCUCAACCGCCUGGAGGCAGCGAUAUUACCACGGAUUCGCCCCGUGAAAUUAUUACAGUGAACCGUCAAAGGACUGAGUCUCCAACAUAUAUUGGGAGGACGUAUUAUAUUGGCGGCGACACAACCAUUGACGAGAGGUCGGCUCGGUCAUAUACCCCAUCGAGAACCGGUGGACUCUCUGAUAUGGAAGAGAAAAUAUUAGAGCUCUGCGGAUCUUUCAAACUCCCACCGAAGUCUACCCGUCAAAUACUCAUGGAAACCUUUAUGCAGUAUUGCUACCCGUGGAUGCCGACCCUCAGUCAGUCGGAGCUACAUCAAGGCAGCGAUAAGUUUCAGUCGUUGUUGCUGAUGCAGUCAAUGUUUGUAGCAGCUAGUCGAAUCUCGCCAGGCCCAGGUGUGGAAUCUUAUGGAUCCUCGGAACAGUUCUACCAGCGUGCAAAGGCUCUAUUUUGGGCAGGCCACGAAAACAACCCCCUUACAGUUAUCAAGGCGAUUACAAUGCUACAUUGGUAUAAUCCUGAUGGACCCGCGUAUGUCUCAUACGAUGCUAGCGAAUUUUGGCUUAAGACGGGAGUCGGCCUUGCCUACCAGAUUGGCCUCCAUAAAGAGCCACCUCAGGGACCACACAGAGCCAUUCGCCGGCGUAUAUGGUGGAGUUUGGCAGUCCGUGAUUCCCUCAUCUCUGUUUCACAUGGGCGACCGCGAGCAAUCAAUAUGGACGACUGCGAAACUAGCCCCCCAUGUUUGGACGACUUUCCGGAAUCUCGUGCGCAAGGAGAGCUGUUUAUUCCAUACGUUGAGAUAUGCUGUCUCCUUGGCAACCUCGUUGAGUGCUGCUCUAGAAGACGCAUGUGUAGUACACAACGCCUGCACGUGGAAACUGUCCUAUUUCGCUGGACAAGGACACUUCCUUCAAAUUUAAGAUUGUCCCCAAAGCAACCCCAUACUCAGACGUAUGAUCUCCUCGCACACAAUUUCAAUGCCCGACAAUUGCAUGUCCCAUACUUGAUCUGUCUAAUUAUUCUGGCUCGCCCUACUGCAGCGUCAGGAGAAGUAUCACCAGUCCCUGUUUUGGCGGCUUCGUUUGUCGCUGGAAUCUACGAAUAUUUUCUAGCACGCGAUCAAGUUAAGUUCUUGUCGCCAGUGUUUACAAAUUUUUGCCUUGUCGCUAGUAUCGUGUUGCUAUCAGUCAGGCCGUUUCCUGAUUUAUGGGAAGCCAUUCAGCCAGAUCUUGAGGUCAUGCAGAAAUGCCUGAAUGAGCUUUCGAAACGAUGGCGGUCUGCCAUUGGAGCAUCUAAAGCGCUACAAAAAGCCAUCGAUAUACGGAAAUCCCACUUACCGGGUGAAGGGUCGUCUCUAACAAAGCCUACGAGCGCCCAACUGGCUUUACUUGAGGGAUUUUCGGUUGAUCUCUGCAGAAUAUGGCCUAUUUAUGAACCCCAGAUUGCACUACAACGUAGCGACAAUGCAGCUCAGAGAAAUAUCGACAUUCAAGGCAAUCCAGGAGAAGAAUUUACAUCUAUUUCGGACCAGACCACGGCAGCGAUGGCCGACGUUGGUUUCGCAACUGAAGCAGAGCAGGACCUUAUGAAUCUAGAUUUUGGAGGUAUAGGCGAGUGGUUCAUGAAUGACUGGGAUAUGACUGGGUUCAGGUGAUCCUCUGGGCCUUUUAUUCCCAGAUUUUAGACACUGAAUUCUCUGCUGGUGAAGAAACUUCAACUGGCAUCAAUGCGGUUAAUACGUUAAAAAAGGCUGUCGCAACCAGAAAUGGCGCUCACAAUCUCCGAUGAGUCGAUGGCUGCAGACCACUGUCGCUGGCGGCGAAAGAUAGCCACGAGCAGGUGGUGGAGCAUCUUCUCGCUGCCGACAGAGCGGAUCCUAACAAGAGGCUGCUUACUGCCUUCAACCUCGCUCUAGAUUUGGCGUCCCUGAUUUGCUCAGAUAUGUCUAGUCCUUGCCGAUGAUCUAUUAGACAUCCAAGCGUUAGAGCAUCAUGAGAGUUUGGCAACUCAGCUGCAGAAAGCAGCGCCUAAAGCAGCUACAAAGAGAACCAAGUUUGCCGAAAGGAAAUGUAGUAAAAUAAUGGGAGACAAGUGCGCAUCAAGAAACCGGUGUGGCCCCGCCUCCAUACAACAAUCAUCGACGUUCCAACGGCGGUUAGCUUGUCGGGUGAGCUGAGAUCGGACCAUCCUUGAAUCCGCCACAACAAUGCACUCUUUUCCCGUCCCCUUCAGGCAGAGCGGGCAAAAUAUCGAGUGCUACAGGGUUUGGAGACGCACAUGUUCUAGUGAUAUUUUUUUAGCUUUAGGCGUGCUAUUUAGGUCCUAAAUCUAGACAUCGAGUAUUCGUCUCACAAUCUCCGCGGUUCAGCUCAAAGUUCAAAUAUUGCGCUCUAAUUCUGACCUUCAGCUCUGCUUCUAGAACAUCCAUCUCUAAUAGCGCCUUGACAAACGAAUCUGAGGUUCAAGCCGAUUCGACAUUCCUUCUUCCUUUUAAUACACUAGUCGCAUUGGUCAUAUUAGUAAAAUGAGCCCAUGUGGGGGCGGGUCGGCCCGCGGUGAAAGCUUAGACGGCCGACUAACCUGCAACAGUGUCACUAGACAAAGCUAUGUGCAUCUGUGUGUGUAUGUAGGUGCGUAAUGCUGAUACUGAAAAUUUGGAG